AUGAAGACUCCCCCGGCGGCCCGCGACCUGGAGGCGGCCGUGCCCGCGGCCCCUGCGGCGGCGGCGGCGAAGCCCAACACGGCGGCGGAGCCGAAGACGGCGGCGGCGGAGCAGCAGGCUUCCGCGGCGAAGAAGGUGGCGGAGGAGGAGGACCCGCGGCUGCGCUGGGCGUUCGUGCGGAAGGUCUACAGCAUCCUGUCCCUGCAGUUCGCCUUCACGGCGGCGGUCGCGGCCGUCGCGUGCCUCGUCCACCCCAUCCCGCGCUUCUUCGCCUACGGACCCCCCGCCGCCGUCUGGCCCACGUUCAUCGUCAUCCUCGUUUCCCCGUUCAUCGUCAUGUUCCCCAUGCUCAAGUAUAGGGAGAAACACCCCAGGAACCUCGUCCUGCUCGCCUUGUUCACGCUCUGCUGCAGCCUCAGCAUCGCCGUGUCCGCGUCCACCACUCUCGGCACAGUGGUUCUGCAGGCCACCAUCCUGACAGCUGCUGCUGUUGUGGGGCUGACCCUGUUCACUUUCUGGGCCGUCAAGAGGGGCUACGACUUCAGCUUCACCUUCCCAUUCCUGUUCACCAGCCUCCUCGUGCUUCUGGUGUACAUCACCAUCCAGAUCUGCUUCCCGCUGGGAAGGGUGGCCAUGACCAUCUACGGGUUCCUGGCCACCCUGGUGUUCUCGGGCUUCAUCGUCUACGACACCCACAUGCUGCUCAAGCGCCACACCUACAACGAGUUCGUGGUCGCCGCCAUCUCCCUCUACCUGGACGUCAUCAACCUCUUCAUGGCCCAGAUGUCGCUCUCCUGCCAGUGA